GUGACGUCAGAGUUCCUGCAGGUGCUCAGAGAAGUGCAGCAUUGGCGUAAGUGGCGUGUAAAGCAUCUCUCGUGAUGGCCUCUGCUACAGAUAACCGUUAUGGACAAAAGGAGUCCUCUGACCAGAACUUCGACUACAUGUUCAAGAUCCUGAUCAUCGGCAACAGCAGUGUAGGAAAGACCAGCUUUCUGUUUCGAUAUGCCGAUGAUUCUUUCACUCCGGCUUUCGUCAGCACAGUGGGCAUUGACUUUAAGGUGAAGACUAUCUACAGAAAUGAUAAGAGGAUCAAGCUGCAGAUUUGGGACACAGCAGGGCAGGAACGCUACAGGACCAUCACUACCGCCUACUACAGGGGAGCCAUGGGCUUUAUCCUCAUGUACGAUAUCACCAACGAAGAGUCGUUCGCUGCUGUACAGGACUGGUCUACACAGAUAAAAACCUACUCAUGGGAUAAUGCCCAAGUGCUUUUGGUGGGCAACAAGUGUGACAUGGAUGAUGAAAGGGUGGUGGCUUCUGAGAGGGGACGGCAACUUUCUGAACAUCUUGGGUUUGAGUUUUUUGAGGCCAGUGCCAAAGACAACAUCAAUGUAAAGCAAACAUUUGAGCGCCUGGUGGACAUCAUCUGUGAGAAGAUGUCAGAGAGCCUCGAUGCCGGAGACCCGGCCGUCACCGGAGCCAAACAGGGCCCUCAGCUCACCGAGCAGCCUGCUGCUCCACACCAGGACUGCGCUUGCUAAAAAAACACACCCAGCCUCUCCAACUACACUGCCCUGCACUACCAUACACAGGAUGAAGUUAAAACAAUAAGGGUUAAAGGAAAAGAAAAAUUCAAACCUUGCUCCUCGUAGAAUCAUUGUGUCUUCUGUUAUCUACCCUGCUACUGAUUCAGUUUGUGAGUGUAAUUAUUUUUCAGCUAAUAACAUACGUCCCAAUCUUUGAUUUUGAUGCACCGUUGAUUUGACUUGGAGAGGGAAAGCCAUUCUUUACUAUAUUACUAAUAAGAACUAAGUUUGGCGAAGCACAACUCAUUGUGUGUUAGCUUCUCUUCAGUCUGUGUGAAUUUUAUCUGGCCUUCAUGUGCCAUCUUUGACCUCCCUGUGCUUAUUUUUCUUACCUUCAUGCUCAACUUUUGUUAAGUGAAAUACGAACAAAUACUAGAGGAGAACCUUCUGUAUAUUUAUUCCGAACA